AUUCAAUUGAGGCCCAGAUAAGUGUAUCGGUGGACUUGGGUAUUACAUAGUAUACUCACUACUAUUUACUCCUCCUCGACUGAGCAAACAACACAGAUAGUCUAACGUGGCAUUCUCAGAAUCCUAAUCGCAACAUUGCGACCUCUACGAUGUCAUCACCUUCUACAACACAGGAUUUCUUCACACAAGUUCCUCGCAUUCCACCUGAUGCAAUCUUUGACUUGACGAAAAAGUUCCUCGGGGAUCCUGAUCCAAGAAAAGUCAAUCUAGGUCAAGGCACCUAUAAGGAUGAGAAUGGCGCACCCUGGAUCCUUCCUGUGGUGAAGGCAGCCAAAGACAAGACACAGGAUGCGAACCACGAGUACCUCCCAAUCCUAGGACUUGCCACGUUUCGCAAGUUGGCGACGGAAUUGGUGCUCGGCAAAGACGCAUCUGCGAUUGCCCUGCAACGAGUAGCAUCGUCCCAGGCGUUAUCCGGCACAGGCGCCCUUCACCUGGCCGGUGAAAUGCUAUUCAGAGCUUUGGGAGGUGAAGCGCCAGUGUACAUUACGAAGCCCACUUGGUCGAAUCAUCGGCAAGUGUUUGCUACCAUUGGCUUCGAAGUCCAUGAUUUCAAAUGGUAUGACGAUAAUACGGGCCAAAUAGACUUCGAGUCGAUAACGAACACUCUUCGCAACGCGCCUCCUCGAUCAAUAUUCGUCUUCCACGCCAGCGCGCACAACCCGAGCGGCUGUGAUCCUAGUGAAGAACAAUGGAGAUCUAUUGCCCGGAUCGUUCAAGAACGAGGCCUAUUUCCAUUGUUUGAUGCAGCAUAUCUCGGCAUCACGUCAGGGGACUACGACCGUGAUGCAUUUGCGAUCAGACACUUUAUCAAUGAAUGCGGAUUACAAGCUGCUGUGUGCAGCUCCUUCGCCAAAAACAUGGGUCUAUAUGGGGAGAGGAUUGGCCUAGUCACCUUCGUCACACAGUCAUCUGAUGAAGCCAUGGCAGUUGAGUCUACGUUGGAGCAGAUUACAAGAGGCGAAAUCUCCAACCCUCCAGCCUUCGGCGCAAGAAUUGUGUCUGCAGUCCUAGAAGACGAGUCUUUGCGAGCUGAGUGGGCUAGGAAUCUGAGCACGAUGAGCACGCGCAUUGCGGAUAUGCGCAAAGAUCUCUUUAAUGCUUUGAUCAAGUUGCAUGCACCUGGAGACUGGCGCCGUGUCGUAGAGCAGCGCGGAAUGUUUUGCAUACUAGGGCUGAGCUUGGAACAGGUCCUUCACCUGCGUGAAAAAUACCACAUCUACAUGGCCGAUACAUCAAGAAUUUCGAUAGCUGGGCUUAAUCCAAGUAAUGUUUGGUACACAGCUGAAGCUAUAACUAAAACAGUGCAGGAUAAGAACUUAGGAAGGAUAAAUUAUAAGUAAUAUAGCUUAAUAUUACUAGUCUAAGCUGC